AUGGUGACGGAGGUCACAGAAGGGCUUGAGGGCGUUGUUUGCCACAUGGACGAUGUGCUGGUGUGGGGCCGAACACAAAAGGAGCAUGAUGCUCGCCUGCAUGCCACACUAGAAAAGAUCCAAAAGGCAGGCAUCACUCUGAAUGUCGAUAAGUGCGAUCUGUCAAAGUCAGAGGUGACUUUUCUAGGCCACGUGCUCUCCACCAGUGGCAUCAGCCCAGACCCAAGCAAAACAGAAGCUGUAAGGAAGAUGCAGGAGCCAACAACUGUGACUGAGUUGAGAAGUUUUCUUGGAAUGAUAAAUCAACUUGGGAAGUUUGUGCCGCAGCUGGCCGAGAGAGACAAGCCUCUGCGAGAUCUCCUGUCAAAAAAGAACUGCUGGGUGUGGGGCGUCGACCAGGCAAGGGCCUUCCAGGAUCUAAAGGAUGCACUGACGUCUACACCAGUGCUAGCCAUGUAUGAUCCCAACAGAGAGUGCAAAGUCUCAGCAGACGCGUCGUCGUACGGGUUGGGAGGCGUACUGCUACAAAAGUGGGAAGAAGAGUGGAGGCCAGUGGCCUACAUGUCGCGGUCUCUCACACCAACAGAGCAGAGAUACGCGCAAGUAGAGAAGGAAGCUUUGGGGCUGACCUGGGCCUGUGAGAGGUUCCGCAACUUCCUCAUCGGGAAACAUUUCCAGAUGGAGACGGACCACAAGCCUCUCCUGAGUCUUCUUGGGUCUCAAGCACUGGAUGCUCUACCUCCACGGAUCCAACGCUUCAGAAUGCGUCUGAUGCGCUAUUCUUAUUCUAUCUCUCAUGUGCCAGGGAAGUGCCUGUGGACAGCUGAUACGCUGUCACGAGCUCCUGUCAAGAGAGAGGAGACAGCAGCGGACAAAGAGCUGUUUGAAGAAACCAACAUCUAUGCGGACAUGGUACUGGAGAACCUACCUGCAAGCGCUGACUACCUGGAGGAGCUGAGAGAGCAGCUGCAGAGAGACAGUGUGUGUGCACAGGUGAUGCAGCUGUGUGCUGAAGGCUGGCCAGCACACGGUUCCAAAGAACCAGCACUCAGGCUGUACUGGGCAGAGCAGGCGUUCCUUACAGUUCAAGAUGGUGUCCUGCUGAAGGGACACAGGCUCGUCAUCCCUUCUACAAUGAGAAAUUAUGUUCUCGCCAAAUUGCAUGAAGGACACCAAGGCGUGGUGAAGUGUAGACAGCGGGCACGACAGUCAGUAUGGUGGCCCGGGCUUAGCCAGCAGCUGAAUGAAUUGGUUCUCAACUGCCGAACAUGCUGUAAGGAGAGACAUAACCACAGGGAGCCGCUGAUGCCGUCACCAUACCCAGGCCGACCAUGGGAGAAGUUAGGAGCUGAUUUGUUCAUGCUCGGUACCAAGACCUACCUGCUGGUAGUGGACUACAUGUCAAGGUAUGUGGAGAUUGCUUUGCUGACCUCCACAAGAUCAAACGAUGUAAUCCACCACCUAAAAUCGAUCUAUGCACGUCACGGAAUCCCGGAUCUUCUCGUGUCGGAUGGUGGGCCCCAGUUCUCCGGAGCAGGCUUUGCCGAGUUCGCAGAGUCUUACGGAUUCCGUCACAUUACCAGUAGCCCAAGAUACCCUCAAGGUAACGCCGAAGCCGAACGUGCAGUACAGACGGUGAAAGGUCUCCUAAAGAAAGCAGAUGACCCCUAUCUUGCUUUGCUCGCUUACAGGGCUACUCCUCUCGACAAUGGGUAUAGUCCAGCGCAGCUUCUCAUGGGGAGGAGGCUCCGCACAACAGUGCCUAUCCUUCCUGUUUUGCUAAAUCCUGCUCUUCCUGAUAGUGAAGCUGUUAUGCGGAAAGAAGGGGAGAAGAGGACAAAAGAUGCACAACGCUACAACCUGCGGCAUCGUGCAAUGAACCUUGACAGACUGAAUCCGGGACAGGACGUGUGGAUCAAGGACCAAAAGAAAGCCGGAGCUAUCAUCGGACGUCACACCACUCCACGAUCGUAUCUGGUGGAAGGACCCCAUGGGUCUAUCAGACGGAACCGUCGUCAUCUCAUCCCUAUGGGAUCCUCGCCGGAGCAGAGUGGCCGUGGUGCAGCAGAGCCGUUCCUGGGGGGCGUCCCGGAACAACCUUCAGCAGAAACAUCGCAGCAGAGUGUUCCAGAACCUCCAUCUACUCCUACUCCUAGAACCAGGUCUGGGAGGGCUGUGAUUCUUGGGGGCUCGUCCGGGAUUGGCUCCUCCCACCGACCUGGAGUCGAUCCCAAAAUCUACAUCGGUGACCCAGAGAGAGAGACUUGCCGAUGCGACGUGUCGGACCUGUAUUACACAGACCUGGUGAUGCGACGUGCUGAGUGCGUGGCCCAGAGGGAAAGCUGCUGA